ACUGUUAAAGCCUCUCUCCAUACCAUCUCACUUUAUCUCUUGCGCCGCGGGCUAGGGUUUUCUACUUCAAGUCAGGGUUCCAGGUGCUUGAUUGGGGAUGUCGAGAGUAUAUAUCGGAAACUUGGACCCGAGGGUUACUGAAACUGAGCUUGAGGAUGAGUUCCGUUGCUAUGGAGUGAUAAGAAAUGUUUGGGUUGCAAGAAGGCCACCUGGCUAUGCUUUUAUCGAUUUUGAUGACUCAAGAGAUGCAUUGGAUGCAAUUCAUGGAGUGGAUGGUAAGAAUGGAUGGAGGGUUGAACUUUCUCACAGUUCUAGAGGUGGAGGCGGAGGAGGACGUGGAGGAGGACGCGGGCGCUCCGGUGGUGGUUCUGAUUUGAAGUGCUAUGAGUGUGGUGAAGUAGGUCAUUUUGCUCGGGAGUGCCGCAAUCGUGGUGGCGGUGGAGGUGGUGGAGGAAGGCGCCGUAGUCGCAGCCCACGCAGAUAUCGCAGAAGCCCAAGCUAUGGUCGGAGGAGUUACAGCCCACGGGGUCGAUCUCCUCCUCCUCGACGGCGCAGUGUGUCUCCUCCUAUUCGUGGACGUAGCUACAGCCGUUCGCCUUAUCGUGGGCGAGAUGAAGCUCCCUAUGCUAACGGAAAUGGUCUCAGGGAUCGACACAGAAGCAGGAGCUAGGAUGUGCGCGGGGAAAAGUGGAAGACUAUUUCCAAAACAUUCAGAGUUGUGUUUCUACUUUUGCUUGAACUACUACUAGAUCACAACUGUGUAAGUGGAGUCAACUAUUUUGUUUCAGCUGAUGGAUUUGGUUUAACUUGUCCUAUCUUUUGAUACCAAAUGUUUAUUUGGUUUCAUAGUUUAUGUUUGCCUUAUGACCUUUAUUAUCAUUAUUAUCCAGUGACAUUGGAUCUAUGGUUGUAACAUUUCUUGAUGCGAAAACCUUUUUAAAAGACACUGCUGAAUUGUUUUCUCUGUUUUUUUUGUGCCGAGGUUGUCUUCCUGGUACCUACUACUGCUUCAUUCGUUUGGUUUCAAAUUGCUUCUACACUCUACUACUUCUACAGUUCUACUACUACUACUAGGUGGUUUUGUUCUUGUGUGGCACGCUGCUGCCGGAUCUUCAAUUUUUGAAUGAUUGUGGAUCCCAGCUGGCUACUACUUCGCUAUAUGCUUCUUCUAUUUGUUUGAGCGUCUGCGGGCAAUAUGACGCGCCACUCUUCAAAUCAUAGCGGCAUUUCGUUUCUAACAUAUAUUAGUUAUGAUGAGGAACGGCUUCAAACACUCCUGCUUGCAGGUAUUUCAUCUCUUCCAGAGAUCGGUGGAUUUAAUAACACCCAAAGUCCACAUUUGAAAUUCAUAAUCCGUUUUAGUUUGAAUUCAUCUUGGCAUUCCUUUCCCCCCUUUUUAGUAAACCAAUAUUAAUGUCUUCAAUUAAAUUUUCAUUUGCAUGUUUUCUGCACAGUGAUUUCACGAUACUUCAUCUCUUUCAUUAAAUUUUCUCUUUAUUUAUUUUUAAAUAACCCAACUGCAUUAAUGCAUUAUAUUUGAAAUUCUAGAGUUCAAAUGAAAUUAAAGUUUCCAGAUAUGAUGUCAAGGAAUUGCAAAUCAAAGAUAUAGAUUGGAUAAUAUAUAUUUACACCACAGAUGAUACCAGUUAUGUCAUUGCCUGUCUCAUUAGACCACAAACAAUAAUUGUCUGUACUUUAUUUUGUCAAACUUUUUUUUAAUUUUAAAUAUCUGUCAAGUUGGAUUAUGAUUCAUCAAAUACUACGCUCCUUUUAAAGCUAACUUUGAUAAAGAUGUUUGCCAUGC